GCGUUUGGGAGGCUACUUAGCUAACGGCUCAGCUGUUUCGUUAAAAAAAAAAAAAAAAACGUAGCGGUGCCGAUUAGCAGACUUUACAUGAAAAGUAGGAUCUGUAAGCGGUUUCCCACCGAACGCGGGCAACGUCGUUCCCAGGGGAAAUUAGCUAGUUAGCGCUGUUACCUUCCCGGUAAUAGGGAUUACCUAACCUUAGGUAGCUAGCUAAUAAUAACAACAGGCUGUCUGUAGCAAGUUGCUUUCACCAUAUCUGUUAGUCUGAAUGAAGUACACGCAGCUUGAUUUCGCCCGCCUCCAUUCUCCGCAGUUGCGAGAAUUACCAAUGCACAACAGCAAACAUUAACUGGCCGAAGCUCAGUUUACGGCUCUGUAAUUGUUUGGGACACUGAGAAGAAUGACUGAGUCCAGUGGAAUGAUUGAAGUCACAGUGAAGACUCUGGACUCACAGAGCAGGACCUACAAAGUCAGAGGCCAGCUGACAGUGAAGCAGUUCAAGGAUCACAUCGCGUCCUCAGUGGAGAUCCCGGUUGACAAGCAGAGGCUCAUAUACCAGGGCAGAGUACUGCAGGAUGAUAGGACACUGACGGAAUACAAUGUGGAUGGAAGGGUAAUCCAUCUUGUGGAGCGUGCCCCGCCUCAGGCCACCGUGCUCUCCUCUGAGGGUGCAGGUGUUUCUACUGACGGGGCAGAGGGUGGAAGUCGCAGCAGCCAUGCCUCCUCCCAGGGUGCACCAUACGACCGCAACAGCAACAGCUAUGUGAUGCUGGGGACCUUGAACCUGCCUGUCAACAUCAUGGACCCACAGCAGAUACUGAUGUCAGUUCAGCAGAUGGUUGCUGGAGUUGGUGAAGCUGGACGGAGUACCAGGGUCAGCACUGGUUCCGGGAGCAAUGGCUCAGUGGAUGUGCAGAUCAACUUGGACCAGUCAGUUCAGAGUGAAGCGAGGGUGAGGCUGCAGCUGGCUGAGAACCUGCUUCGAGACGCUCACGCUCUCAUCGUCAGGUUGGAGGGAGUGGCCAGUGACAGCAGCUCCCAUUCAGAAUCAGAGAUACUUCAGUCCUCUUUGUCCCCAGCACCAGCGUCCUCCUCUCUUAGAAUGACAGAAACACUACAACCUAUGCAUACCAGCUCUCCCCCAGCAGCAUCAACUUCCACCCAGACUGAGAGGCCAGCCAACACUGGGCCUAACCAUCCUAGUCCAGCUGAGUUUGUGGAAGUUCUCUCUGAGGUCAGGAGGGUGGAGGAGCGAUUACGUCCCUUCAUAGAGAGAACCCAUUCAAUCCUCGGAGCUGCCACCUCAGCAGACUACAACAACAAUACCCAGGAAAGAGAGGAAGAUCAGCGCAUUCUCAACCUGGUCGGAGAUGCUCUUCGUUUCUUAGGAAACACACUGGUCGUCCUUGGUGAUCUACGCUGUAACCUGGCAACCUCUCCUCCACGUCAACUGUGUGUGGUUCGCCCCAUGGCUCACUACACCCACCCGGUUCUGCUUCAGGCUGGCCUGCCACACAUGCCCAUUCCGAUAAACUUGGGGACAACAGUAACCAUGACAUCUAAUGGGAGACAAGCAGCUGAUGGACAACGCCAGCCCUUUCAGGAUGCUGGCCAAUCAGAUCAGCAGGCUACAGGCCAGGCUCUGCCUCUUCAGGCAAAUGGGACCAAUCAAGGAGGACCCAGAGUGAUCCGGAUCACACAUCAGACCAUGGAACCAGUAGUCAUGAUGCAGAUGAACAUGGAUGGUGAAUCAGCUGCAGGGUCUCAGGUACCAGAACACCUAAAUGCUGCAGCUUCUGGUCAGCCUGGAGCAACACCUGCCCACUUCACAGGACUCUCUCCUGAGUUCAUGCAGGCAGUUGUGCACCAGACCUCCCACCAAGCUGCUGCCAUGACUGCCGCAGCCUCAGCAGGCCACCUGACACACAUGAUUUCUGGCUCUGACUCGACACCCAGCGCUGAGGCAGCUGCUUCCCCACAGCCCCACCGCACCCCUGUACAGAGUAGGGUGGUCAUCACUAGGCCAUCUUUGUCCCCUCGCAUAAGUCAGUCUAUGGGAACAAGAGGAGCUACCAUCAACCUGAGGGCUACAGGUGUCCAGCAGCCAGGACAGCAGGGCACUGCACUGGCUCCCUCCUCUCUGACCCAGCUGAUCAGUGGUCUGGUUGGACAGCUUCUGAUGCUGGAGCAGCCAGGUGAUCCGUCAGCCAACUCUCAGUCCUCCUUGUCUUCCUCUUCUGUAUCUGAUUCCAGCACCGCUUCGCCUCCCUUUCCUUUGGCUAACACAUCUGGACAGACAUCCACCCACACCACAAGUACUACUUCAGUUGGUCAGCCAGCAGAGAGUAGCCCUGAGGCAAAUAUGGCUCAGCUCUUGGGCUCUCUACUGGGAGCAGCAGGAUCGGGUGGUCCUGGCUCUGGACUGGCUCCGUCCAUCACUGUGACACUGCCAGGGGUUCCUGGCUUCUUCCAGAGCAUGUCAGACUUCACACCACCACCUACCACUGGCCCUGGUGCCUCACUUCCCCAUCAGCCCAUUGGUCCUGCUCCCACUCAGACCAGCAACACUCCAGAUGGAGACUCACUGAGCCCAGAGCUGUUCACCGGCAUCAUGCAGGGAGUGCUGUCCACCAUGAUGAGUUCUCUUGGGGCGCAGCAGGGCAAUGGAGAGAGCAUUGCCCAGUUCAUCCAGAGGCUGUCCCAGACCAAUAACCUGUUUGUUCCUGGCUCUGGGGAUGCUGUGGGGUUCUUUGGGGACCUGCUCUCCCUGGUGUGUCAGAGUUUCUCUAUGGUGGACAUGGUGCUGUUGCUUCAUGGGAACGCCCAGCCUCUGAGCCGCAUUCAGCCCCAGCUCACAAACUUCUUCACUGAACACUACCUCCAAGGGCGAGAACCUACUGAUGCUAACAUAGCUGUAGCAGCUGAGGACCUCAUCAAUGGACUUGAGGGGUACAUAGCUGAGAGCUUUGCCACAGUGACGGUGCGAGAGGGAGUGGAUAUCAUUCAGACCAACCUGUCGUUCUUCAGACAGCAAUUCACUCAAAUGGCCACACACAUUCUUCGCUGCAACAAUCACAUGUUUGGCCCCCGCCUGCUGUUGCUGUGUACUCAAGGCCUAUUUGAGUGUCUGGCUCUAAACCUGUACUGCCUGGGAGGAGAACACAGAGCUCUGACUGCUGUCAUCAACCACCGCAUUAGGACGAUGUCUGCAGAAGUCAGUCCCAGUCUGGUCAACUGGCUGACCAGCAUGAUGUCUAUGAGGCUGCACAUCAUUCUGGAGCACAACCCAGUUACUGAGGACCAAAUCCAGCACUACAUUAUCCAUUUACAAGGGGUGUUGAACCAGAGGACGGAGGCUGAGGUGGAACAGCCAUCAGAGAGGCCCAGCAUGGAGAUGGGGAAGAGUUCGUCUCCAGCUGCAGCCACCACAGCAGAGGAGGCCAUGACUCCUUCAGCUGUCACUGGAGAAAGAGGAGCACCUCCACCAGUUUCAGCUGUGGACUCUCAGUGCCCUGCUGGGGCCCUAACAGGACAGGAGGACGUGGCCCCUGAGAUAGAGCCAUGGGCAGCAGCUGUUCCACCUGAAUGGGUUCCCAUCAUCAGACAUGACAUGCUGUCCCAGAGGAAGAUCAAAGCCCAGCCGCCACUGUCGGAUGCUUACCUACACGGGAUGCCUGCUAAGAGAAGGAAGACGAACCAGUGUGAAGGACCACACCUGUUGUUGUCAGACGCGGUUAGUCGAGCUGCUCGUGCUGUGGGAGUCCUGCCUGUUACUGCCCCAAACAGCCUGCAGGUGGAGCUGGAGAGGCCAGAGGUUCAGGAAGCAUACACAAACCAGGUAAAGAGUGACAUCAAAGAGCGAGUGAGAGACGAUCCAGAUUAUAAUGCUCAGAGAUUCCCCAACACACACCGAGCUUUCUCUACAGGAAGCUUCUAGUCUCCUUCAAGCAGCUUGACCCACAGGGGGGGUCAGGAAACACACCCUGCAGCAUGAGACUCUGGUACACGUAAUGUGGCAACACCCAUUGUAAUCAUGGGCUGUCAGGAAGACAGCUGCUGACCUCACUUAAUCAGUCCUCCUUUCCUGUGUCAUGGCAACACUACCUGCUGUAGUUUCAUUAGAGAUGAAAACCUGCAGACUUUGGACUGUGGGAGGAAACCGGAGUACCCGGGAGAACAUGCAAACUCCACACAGAAAGGCCCCAGCCGAGGUGGAUUCAAACCCAGAACCUUCUUGUCACCACGCCACUGUGCUGAUGACGGACCCACAGGAUAACAGAUCAGAACUAAUCCCCUUUGGAAGGCAGUUUUGAAGCAGUCUGGGCAGUCAGAGCUCAUUUAGUGUUGGGACCAAAGAACUGAGUCCGAAUGUUCUGAGAAUCAAGUUUCUUUAUUCUGAGAAACAUGCACAGUGAGAGUGAACACCUAAUUUAACAAUGUUAAAGAAUAACAUCAGAAUUAUAAAGGAAUAAAAAUUGUAAUGUGAAGCCAAAAUGCUUAAAAAUGUGGAGGAAAGGGUUCUAAUGCAAAAAGAAUCAUUUCAUGAGAGAAGGUGAGGUGACAAAUGUAGCUGAACAUAAAUGUAUGCUAAAAGAUGCACAGGCAACGAAAUAUGAAGUAUGAACUAUCACUGUUGUCCUCUCAAAGAUGACCUUUUCCCUAUUUAAAAAUAUUCAGUUUGUCAGACAGCAGUGGUUCUAAUACUGUCACACUGAGCAGUUCUGCACUGCGUUGUAAAUGUUGCUGCAUCAUAAGGCAGAAGUGUAAAUGAGUAAUUGUACAUAGUAAAUGGGCAUUGGUGUCAUAGAGCUUUGUCAGUGUCUCUACUGUAGGCUCUUUACAACAUACAAAAUCUUAAGAUGACUCAAGUUGAUGUCGACUAGCUCAGCAGAACUAAAUCAGUGUUUUCCACGGCAUCAGCUUUGUAUCAUUUUAUUGUAGAUAUCAGUGAGCCUCACACUCAGUUUCUUUUUGUAUUUUAGAGCAUUAUGUGUGAUUGACACUUGCUGUCCAUUAAUACAGGACAGUCAGGCCUGAUCAGUGAUGUUUGUCUGAAGUACUGCUGAUGUCAGAAGAACUUUGUCAAACUGUGAACUGUUACUCCCUGUUUGUGAACAUCUCUCAAAUAAAUUCACUUUAAAUCA